AUGAUACUACCAAGGCCCUUUUUAGUACAGGAAGGCAUUGUCCUAGGUCAUAAGGUGUCCUUCAAAGGCAUCAAAGUGGACCCUGCUAAGAUAGAUUUGAUAAGGACUCUUCCUGUACCUACCUCGGUCACUAGAGUACGGUCCCUUCUAGGGCAUGCGGGGUUCUACAGGCGUCUCAUCUUAGGAUUUUCGACCUUAGCUAAACCUUUAAAUGAAUUGCUUCAGAAAAAUGUCGAACUUAACUUUGAUGAGAGAUGCCUCAAUGCCUUUAACCGUUUAAAGCAAGCUUUGAUUUCUGCGCCCAUAGUACAAGUUCCUGAUUGGAGCUUGCCAUUUGAACUGAUGUGCGAUGCCAGUGAUAUCUCUGUAGGUGUAGUUCUUGGACAGAAAAAGGAAGGAAGGCACCACGGCAUAUGCUAUAUCAAUAAAACACUUGACCCAGUACAGCGUAACUACUCUAGUACGGGAGAAGGAAAUGAUAGAAAAGGAAGUGAAAAUGUAGUAGCCGACCAUCUGUCUAAGUUACCCGAGCCUAAUGAUGACUCCCCCUCUAUCCAAGAUGAAAUGGUUGAAGAAACUUUGAUGACAGCAUUGGUUGUUGGGAAGGCCCCUUGGUUCGUAGAUAUUGCAAAUUAUUUAGCUUGUGGGGAGCUACCCGAGUUUGAAUCUAGAGCGAUGAAAGCUAGCUUUCUUCGGAAGAGUCGGGAAUUUUUUUGGGAUAACCCCUAUUUGUUUCAUGCCUGCGCUGACGGCAUCAUCCACCGUUGUAUCACUGAAGAGGAGGUCCCCAAGGUUCUCACUCAUUGCCACUCAUACGCGUGUGGCGGCCAUCAUGGGAUCAUGAACACUGCUGCUAAGGUCGCCACCGCGGGAUUCUAUUGGCCAACCUUGCAUAAAGAUGUUGAAGCGUUUGUGAAGAGCUGUGAGAGGUGCCAAAAGGUUGGGAAUAUCUCCAUGAGGAAUGAGAUGCCUCAAAACUACAUCCUAGAGUGUGAAGUAUUUGAUUGCUGGGGUAUUGACUUCAUGGGCCCCUUUACAUUGUCUUAUGGGAACGGGUACAUUUUGGUAGGGAUAUAUUAUGUAUCUAAGUGGGUGGAGGGCAUUGCCUCGCCUACAAAUGAUCACAAGAACGAGCUAAACAAGUUGUUGAAGAAGUACGAAGUCGUGCACAAGGUUGGUGCGCCUUACCAUCCCCAAACUCAAGGGCAGGUAGAGGUCGCCAACCGGGAGAUUAAGAAGAUCCUAGAGAAGGUGGUUAACCCGAGCAGGAUAGAUUGGUCUCUCAAGUUAGGUGAUGCUCUUUGGGCGCACCGUACAUGCUACAAAACCCCAAUUGGAACCACCCCGUUCCGGCUGUUUAAUGGGAAGUCUUGCCAUUUGCUAGUGGAACUGGAGUGUAGAUCUUGGUGGGCGAUCUAA